GACAUCAUAAACCCUAGCCGCCAAAGAAACUCGGCUUUCCUUCAGUGCAGCCUUCGAGGGCGGGAGGUAUAGGUUGAAGAUCCUCGGAGAGAAGCUGAAGGAGUAGCCAGAGAUCUAAGCAAUGGCCAGGGGGCUGAAGAAACAUCUGAAGAGGCUCAAUGCCCCAAAAACACUGGAUGUUGGACAAGCUUGGGGGUGCAUUUGCUCCCAAGCCAUCAUCUGGUCCUCACAAAGGCAGGGAAUGCUUGCCGCUUAUCCUUAUCAUGAGAAAUAGGCUGAAAUAUGCUCUUACUUACCGUGAAGUUAUUGCAAUUUUGAUGCAACGGCAUGUUCUGGUCGAUGGAAAGGUCCGUACUGACAAGACUUAUCCAGCUGGGUUCAUGGAUGUCGUGUCAAUUCCAAAGACUAAUGAGAAUUUCCGACUCCUGUAUGAUACCAAGGGUCGGUUCCGCCUCCACUCAAUUAAGGAUGAAGAGGCAAAGUUCAAGCUCUGCAAAGUUAGGUCGGUGCAAUUCGGACACAAGGGCAUUCCCUAUCUGAAUACCUAUGAUGGCAGAACAAUUCGCUACCCUGAUCCUCUUAUCAAGGCUAAUGACACUAUUAAGCUGGACCUAGAGACAAACAAAAUCGUCGAUUUCAUCAAGUUUGACGUUGGAAACGUUGUCAUGGUGACCGGUGGGAGGAACACUGGCCGUGUUGGUGUGAUCAAGAAUAGGGAAAAGCAUAAGGGCAGCUUCGAGACAAUCCAUGUCCAAGAUGCAACUGGUCAUGAGUUUGCUACUCGUCUCGGCAAUGUCUUCACCAUUGGGAAGGGCACCAAGCCAUGGGUGUCCCUUCCCAAAGGUAAGGGUAUCAAACUUAGCAUCAUUGAAGAAGCCAGGAAGCGUGCUGCUGCUGCUGCAGCUACUACUGCUGCUUGAUUUUGUAUUUAGUUGGAAUUCUUAUGAGUGUCUCUUGAU